AUGGACACUGAGAAGGAUGUUCAAUCCCAAAAGCAGCAGCCAGUCAUAUUAAUCUGUGGAAAAUGUCAUAAAGAAAAUGAAAUAAAAUCCAAGUAUCCAAUCAAAUGCAGAAACUGUGAAUACAGAAUAAUAUACACAAAAAAUACUAAAAUUUUGUUGGUUUCUGAUGCACAAUGA